UUGUAGCCCUUAUAAAAAGACGAAACGGCGCAGUCGUCACAAAUUCCUUGUGCACGUCCGACAGGGCGCGUCAUCAUGAUCCCGACAUUUUUAAACCGAUCCAUCUUAAAUUUCCCAAAACGAUUCAUGAUGAUCACUGGAAUAUGGCAGCCUGUGUGGACUACCGCAAAUCCCAAGUUACGAAAAUUAUACGCAGUGUAUUGCGCAUUCGUCAAACUGUAUUUCAUGAUAUUCGUGACAUGUGCUUUCGCGGAGUUCGCGCUGACCUUGACAACCAAAAUUCAACCUCUAGGAUGCUCAACCAGCUGUCGUUUGUCAUUCCGAUGCUGACGGUACUCUAUGCCAUGCUGGUGUGCGGUACGGAUAACUUCCGACGCGUAAUAUCCUACAUAACGGAGGAAGAAACGCACCUGUCUACUUGCGACGACGAGGAAAUCUUGAAAUUGCAUUCCCGACAUCUUAGAAUCGGGAAAUUCGUCAGCACGAUUUUGGUUUUUACCGUUGCCAGUACCGGAACUGCUAUUGUGUUGGAAAAUCUGUAUCGCAACUUACCGACCCUCAAACGCAGCUCUGGCGGUAAUGAUACGAUCGAAGUGGACACCAUCUUCGACGUCUACUAUUUCGGAAUCGACAAAAGCAAACACGCCGUUGCUUUCGUUCUAGUCAAUGAAAUUGUCUGCGUAUUUAAUACGACGCUGACUCUGGCGGUGAAGAGCAUUAUGCUGACGUGUAUGAUUUUCGCAGCAUUCGCCCUGAGCGCUUUACGUAUCAGGUUCAGGAAGGUCGACGCAAAGGAAGACGUUGGACUGAGCCUGAAGCAUCUAAUUGUUCAGCAUCAACGCGUGAUUGGGUACGUGGAUGACUUGAACGAUUUGGUUAAGCAUAUAAUUCUGUUCGAGUACGUAUUCGAAUCGCUGACUGUUGCUGCCGUCUCGGUCCAGCUGGCCACGUGCGAGCCGAAGUUGAUGCCGCCUACAGCUUCGUACCUGUGUUACUUGCUGUUGCAAAUUCUCAUGUUGGGUUGGACCACCAACGAAAUAAAGGUGCAGAGUCUCGCACUAUCUGAUGGUUUGUAUGAGUCUCCGUGGUACCGACAAAACGAAUCGUCCAAGAGGGUGCUACUGGUGAUGACCAGGUUAACGCAGAAACCCUUAACGUUGACGAUCGGACCAUUCGGUGCGAUGACGAUGCAAUCUGCCUUGGCGGUAAUCAAGGGAUCUUACUCUUAUGUUACUCUGAUGAAGAAUAAUUAUAAAUAGAUAUACCUAGGUUGCCUAAGUAAUUUCAGAGGAGUGUAAUAGUCGACUUUUUUUUUGAUUACAGUGCAUUAAGCUUG